AUGAAAAUUUGACUUCUUUUACUAGUUCAAAUUUUUAACUGCCAGCAAAUGCCUAUUUCACAGCCACAACAUAAAAAAAUUCCGAUUAUGUCUUUUAGUCAUGAUUUUUCUCUAGCAGAAAUUCCUAAAUCCCUCCUCUAUGAGCAAAAAAAAAACUAUUGGAGAACUCUCUAUUUUUUGGCCGAAAGCCAACCCUCCAUGAGUGAACAAAAAUAUUUUUAAAAAAAUUAUUUUGAUAUAUAAAUAGUAAUUAUUAUAAUGAAAUCUCUAGCUAACUCUGUUUAUUUUUAAACAGUUUGCAUUUUAAAACAUACAUUUUACAAAUUAAAUUAAUAUUUGCUUUAUUGAAUAUGAAUUUUUAGAUUUCGAAAAAAACAUUUACUAUAGAAUUUAUAUAUAAAUUUUUUAAAAAAUUUACCUCCUCUGUGAACUAACAAAAAUGCUUUGUUCACUUGCUCUUCAAACAAUUAUUAUUUUUCGACUAAAUAACUGACGAGAAAAAAGUUUUCGACAAAAUGGUCACAAAAAGUGUCUGCAAGAGAAAAUGUCCUCGAAAAGAGCGCAUUCAACCAAAAAUUCCGCUGAAAAAAUAUGCCAAAACGUUUGAAGAUAAAACCAAACAAAUAAAUUUUUUAACAAAAUACCAAACUUCAAUUUAUAAUGAAAAUCCAAAGUUUUUGCCAGUGAGUCUUAACUUAACUUUAGAUUAUUAUAGGAUAACUCCCGGUCAGCCAUGUCGACUUUGCAUGUCCCUUGCUUUGCUCUACCUUCUUGCAUGCCAGUCAGAUUAUAUGGCUUGAAUGUAUGUUAUACUACCUCCGCAUGAGAGCUUGCACUUGCAACGAGAAGGUAAAGACGUUGAACCGCUGUGUCGUACUUCAACGGAGUUGCCCUUUCAAAAAAUUAAAAAAAUUAAAUUUUCUUGUCAGGCUAUCGGCCAGAGCAAAACUUGUCGCCCAGGGCGAAGUUGCCAGAUUGACCAAGCGAACGCCCUCUGGCUUUGCUGGUCUAUCUCUUUCCGACUUCCGAGUUUCAUCGUCCCUUAAGGUAAAACCUUUCCCUGUAUAUGAGCCUGAGGAUAGUCAUCCCGACAUCGUGCUUUACCAGACCAAUUAAAACCGGCCAGAUACUCUUAAUGCACGCUGCUCUCCCUACCACAAGGUCUCCGGGUUCCCGUCUGUCUUCAGGUGUUAAGUGGCAGGUUGGUUCUCCACGCCAUUUUUAAUUUUUGCCAGUGAGUCAAUAGAAACUAAUAGUAAGCUUGAAGCAAAAAUCAAGCUUAAAAAUUAUGCAAAUACCCAGUAUGUUGGAUCAGUCGGAAUUGGAAAUCCUCCUCAGUAUCUUGAUGUGAUUUUUGAUACUGGAAGUGCUAAUUUUUGGGUAAACUCGAAAAUGUGUCGUGAUUAUUCUUGCCAAAGCCAUGCAACAUAUGAUCAUAAUAAAAGUUUAGAUUACAGAGAGUUAGGAUAUUUUAUAAAUGUUGAAUUUGGAACUGGAGAAAUUAAAGGAGAAAUCAAUGAAGAUACAGUAUAUAUCGCUGGUAUUGAAAUUAAAAGGCAAAAUAUCGGUGAAAUUACUGAUGAAGUCGGAGACAUUUUUGUGCAAGGGAAAUUUUCAGGUAUAUUAGGACUUGGCUUUCCAAGCAUGGCAGCUUUUAAUUUCAACCCUGUUUUUGACAAUAUUGUCGAGCAAAAUUUGCUUUCUUCUAAUAUAUUUUCAUUUUACUACUCUCUUGAUCCUGAAGAAGAGUCUCAAAUUAUUUUUGGAGAGGUUGACGAGUCUAAAUACUCAGGCAGUAUUUAUUGGGCAGAUGUUAUUGAUGGCCUAGAAUAUUAUUGGCUAAUUGAAGUUGAAGACAUUCAGCUUGGUGACAAAAGCCUAAAUCUUUGCAGAAAUGGAUGCAGAGCUGCAGUUGAUACAGGAACCUCACUACUUACAGCUCCAUCUAAAGGCUUAGCGGUAUUAAUGUCUUCUAUAACAAUAGACUGCUCUGAAUUCAACAAAAGCCCAGAUCUUACUUUUAUUAUUAAUGGAAAAAAAUUUUCUUUGUCCCCAGAAGAAUACAUUAUCACUUAUGGCUUAUUAGGAGAAGAAAAUCCUGGCGUUCAUUCAAAAAAUACUGAAGAUUGCACUUUAGCAAUAAUGCCUUUAGAUGUCCCAGAACCAUAGUAAUUUUUACAUAGUGGUCCAUUAUGGAUAUUAGGAGAUAUUUUCCUUGCAAAGUAUUAUACUAUCUUUGAUAGAGACAAUCAAAGAGUAGGAUUUGCAGAAGCUGUUCAUGGGUAUUCGUAUUAA